AUGAACAUAGAUAAACAUAGAAAGACAUCAUCCCUCCAAGUAACCGAACUAUGCAUUCGACUUAACGUGCAGCCACAACGGCUCUCUGUCCAUACGGCUCUCUGUCCUCAGAAGAAACAGCAGGAUGAGAAUCUGGGUUUUGCUGGCAUUCCUUUGCGUCGUUCACUGGGGUACUACGGCGAACCCAAUGGAACCAUCCUUCAAGCCAUAUCUCCGGAAGAAGUAAGGCAGAUCAUUGAACUCCACAACAUGCUUCGGAACCGCCUGGCGGCGGGGAACUUACCUGGCUUCCCACCGGCAGCUAAUAUGCUUCGAUUGGAGUACGACGGAGAAGUUGCUCGGCUAGCACAGGUCCACUCCCAGAGCUGUAUCUUCCAACAUGGUUGCAAUGGCUGUGGAAACAUGGGCCAGUUCGUCGGUCAGAAUCUGUACCUGGCUCCUCGAGGCACCUGGACCAAUGCUCUCAAUACCUGGUGGGAUGAGUACAAGCGAACCAACAGUGCGAUUGUCCGGAGCUACGUUUUCUCUGCAAGUAACGGGCAUUUCACCCAGAUGGCAUGGGCAAGAACUACGAAAGUAGGCUGUGGCGCCACUGACUGCCCUCGACUUGGUGGUCGCUAUAUGGUAUGCAACUAUAGCCCAGGGGGGAACAUCAUUCGUCAGCCGAUAUACCAGCAAGGAAGUGCGUGCUCGCAGUGCCCCAGCGGGUCCUCUUGUGGAACAACUGGAUUUGCAGAUAGCCUAUGUGAAAGAUCGGGAUUCUACAGCAAUGCGUAUGAAAGUGAACUUCCGGAAGAAUACAUCACGCUGUUCAACGCCACAUGGAGUUUUGGAAACGGCAUGGCCCGUUUACCAACUCAUCUAAGGCUGAAAUGAAGAAACGUAACUCCCACGAACUCGUUCCCAAGGAUACGCAAGGAUUCGUUGCGUGCAACUGUUCAGAGCAAUGGUCUGCAUCCUCAUGUAUCUCUGCGUGCGGGACAUCAAGAACCACAUGUGACAACAGGAGAUGCUGGGGUAUAACAGGAAGUCAACCAUAUUAAAGAAGCAAGUCAUCUGA